CCCACUGUUACGUCUGACGUUGCGUCGCGCGUCUCCAUGCCAACGCCCUCUUUUAUUCAACAAGUUUUAAAGCGCUUAUUGAGCAGUCUCGUCAAUCAGUCAACCAAUGCAUUGGAUUUUAUGUUCAGUUAUGUGUGCACACUUUUUAAAUGGCCAUUGAAGGUGUAGCGCUACUCAUACCUCUGGGUUUUUGAAGUGUUGGGCGCCGAAAGCAGAGCUGAACUUGAUGCGACCGCUUCAGUUGUCGGCUCUCUUCCUUGUCCAAAUCCACGAAUUAUUCCAAAUGUCCACUCCAAUAUCCCGAUCGGAUUCCAACAGAAUCGUAGGCUGCGCUGGGUCUUGCUGAUCUUGUUGCUGUCAGCACUGGGUCCAGCUGAUUCGAUCACUCAAACAAUCCAGCGAUGCUCCGAACUGGCUUCCGAAUCCCGAGAUUUCCAUCAAUCCAUCCAAAGAAAGGAGAGGUUUUUGACUAAUAAGUGUAGGAGCUAAAGGCCUAGAAACUAUUUAACUAAGUUCUAGCUCCUUUGAUACACUGAGAUGUGCGACGCCAGAUUUGAUUGACGCGCCAAGCGGGCUGUCGUUUCCUUAUACGACGAAGAAAAAUGAGUCCUUUACUCCGAUCAACUUUGCAUUACUUUGUUUCUUUUUAUUAAUUUACACUACUGAACGGAUUGGACUACUUUUUUGCUUCAUUUCCCGCACAAGCGGUCAAAAACCAUUUCUCCAUCUGGCUCAUGCACACCUGUCUGUGGUCAGAUAAUCAACAAAUUUAUAAUUGACAGCAAAACAUGAAAACAGCGACACCCACAGGACAUUUUUCUCAAUAGGGCUCCUACAAUAAUGACAUAACAUCUGAAACAACACCCACCCACUGUCUGGUUGAGCGGCUGCGUCUAUCGUUGUCACGGUAACUCCCCCUGUGAGGAACCUCAAAGUAACCGGCGACGCGGCUGUCAUCGGCACCGGAGCCCCCGGUAAUAUCAAAACUGUCCGGACAAAGCUGCCACGAAAGAAAAGCCAAGACCUCCAGCCAUGUCGCGUCAAGACCUCCAGCCACGCCGCACCAAGAUCACCGGCCAUGCCAAGACCUCCCUCUCGCCACAAACCACACCGCAGUUAAGUUUCGAUUCUGGAAAAUAGAGACAAAGGUUUUUCCCAAGGGAAAGUGACGUCACUACUCAGCGAGCUUCGCAUGACGAAGCACUCUCAGCUCCCAAAGCGCACAGACGGAUGCGCGCAUAAAAGGAUGCUGAAACUGAGGAGCUGGAGUGCCACUGAGAAGACGAGUUGUGAGGAAAAAGACUACGAAAGACAGGCAGAUCGUCAUGAGCAGUUCUUCUCGGACUCUGUCCAAACUGGAGGCCCUGGAGUGUCACUUCACCUGGGUCAAGGAAACCACCAGAUCACAGCUGUUGCACAUCAGGGUCCAGCUUGAGGACAUUGGCACAGAUGAGGGAAAUUUUUGGUUGGGUUCCAUUUACAACUUGUGGGGGUUUGUCCUCUACGAGCUAGGCUCUAGUAAAGAAGCCCAUCAGUACUUCAGAAAGGCCACAGAAACCUUACAGCGGCUGAGGAAGGAAGAUGAGGGUCCCUGGCUGAUGGUGAACUAUGGAAAUCUAGCCUGGCUGCACCAUCAUCUUGGAGAAGAGGCAAAGAGUCAAGAUUACUUGUCAAAGGUUGAAGCUCUCAAAAGUAAAUUCCCAUCUCCAUCCCAGGAUGAGCUCCACCCAGAGAUCUACGCUGAGAAAGCUUGGACUCUGAUGAAAUUUGGUAAAAAAAACAAGCUGCUAGCUGCAGAUUACUUUCAGAGAUCCUUCAAGAUGCAGCCAGACAUGGUGCAGUGGCAGUCCAGCCGUGUGAUUGCACUGGCCAGUGCUGCUAAGCACUGUGACACAGGCCUGAGUGAUGACCUAAUGCAGGAAAUUAGAACAGCCCGAGAGCAGGAUCCAGAGAAUCUGUACGUGGCUGCUGUGGAGCUUAAGGAAAGAGGCAAAAAAGGAGAAUCAGUGAAAAAUGAGGCGGAGACGCUGGGUCAAAAGAUCCUUCUGCAGCCUGUCAGCAGCUACAGUGGCCUGAAACCCCUCCUGAUGCUGCACAGGGAGCUGGGCUCGCUGGAUGAGGCCAUCGUUCUGACUGAGGAGGCCUUGGAGCGGCAUCCUGAUGAGCGCUACCUGAAGAGAUGUGCCUCUCUCUGCUGCAAAUGGAAAGUCCUCAUGUUUACUACUGAUCGAGCAGACCAACGUACGAUUGAGAGAGCCAUAAAGCUGCAUGAGGAGGUCAUUGAUCUCUACCCAGACACAUCAUUUGUGAAGAGGGUUGAUCUGGCAUAUGUUCAGGCAAAGUCGAGUCAUGGCCGCGAGAUAGCAUACCAGAUGUUCCAAGACCUGCUCGCAAGGAGAGACCUGGAUUCUGAAGACAAACAGCUGCUAUACUACAACUACGCCAGAUACCUCUACUUCCACCGUCAGGACAGUAAUGAGUCCAUUCGGUAUCACAUGAAGUCAGCAGAGAUUCAAGAGAGGAGUUUGUAUGGGAAACUAAGCAUCAAAGUGCUCCAAAAAAUAUGCGACAGAGGAAGGAUCAGGAUGUGCCCAGAAAUCAGGAAGUUUCUGGAAAACCUGCCGGAAGAUGAUUCUGAAUAAGGUUUUACCAACAUAAGCUGAUUUGAUUGUUUAGUGUAUUGAUCCUGUAGAAUAACUCUUCAACUCACAUGAAUUAAUCCUUAAUAAACAUUUAACCAACAAAACUUUA